CGCGCGGCUGUCACGCAAUUUUCUAAGCUUGCGCCGUUUUAUAUUAUCGUAGCCUUAAAAAACUAUGUUAUAGUGCUCCAUCGGUUGAUACAUUAAACUCUCGUGCACGGUUCCAAUGGCUCUUCACCUCGAGACGGCGUUGCAGAGAAAACUUAACUUCAAGAUGACUACGGGCAGCGGCGGGUGUCGUUCAGCGAGCGCGUCGAGCAGCGCGGUGACGGUCAGCGGCGCGGUAGCGGGCGGCGCGAGCGCGCGCAUGGCGAGCGCAGGCGCGCAGUUCCGCGGGGCGCAGCAGUGGGCGUACGCGCCGCCCUGCCGCUACCCACCGCCGCAGCAGCCCUACGCGGCGGCGCCCAGUCCUUACACGCCCCAGUACACGGGCGCGAUGGGCUGCACGCGGGUGCCCACGGCGGCGUCCCCGGCGAACACGGCGUCAUCGUCGUCGUCCAACUCGGCGGGCGGCACGCGGUCCACCAGCCUCAGCACCGCGCCGCCCCCGCCGCCCGGCGAGCAGCUCAGCCGGACCAACCUCUACAUCCGCGGCCUCAACCAGAACACUACCGACAAGGAUCUCGUACAAAUGUGCCAAAUGUAUGGCAACAUUAUUUCAACAAAAGCAAUAUUGGAUAAAAACACAAACAAAUGUAAAGGUUACGGUUUUGUAGAUUUCGAAACGAUCGCGUCGGCGGAGGCAGCCGUUAAGGGAUUACAGGCCAAAGGUGUUCAGGCCCAAAUGGCUAAAGUGGGUAUAUGGUUCCUGCGUAGACUGAACCGUCAACAAGAGCAAGAUCCGACUAACCUAUACAUGGCGAAUUUGCCGCCGCACUUUAAGGAGAACGAUGUAGACCAACUCUUGGCUAAGUUCGGCCAAGUGGUUUCUACUAGGAUUCUGCGCGACACCCACGGACAUAGUAAAGGGGUCGGUUUCGCUAGAAUGGAAUCGAGAGAAAAGUGCGAGCAGAUCAUCCAGAUGUUUAACGGUAAUCCCAUACCUGGUGCCAAAGAGCCAUUGCUAGUUAAAUUCGCCGAUGGAGGCAAUAAGAAGAAAGCUCUGUACAACAAGCAAAAUGAUACGAACGGCAGAGCAUGGAGGGACAACGCCGAAUCCAUCACACAGCAUUUGCAGGCGAUGAGCGUGAGCGGCGUGUACGCAAGCGGCGUGCCCGCGAGCGGCGAGUGCGGCAGUGUGUACCGUGGAGGCGUGUACGGCGUCGCGUUCCACCCGCAACUCCACCACCCGGCGGCCUGGCUGGCGCCGUACGCGGCCCUCCUGCCCCCCGCCCCCGCACCGCACCCCCACCCGCCACACCCCGCGCCGCACCCGCACAUCCCCAUCGAUACUGUGCCUAGCCAAUACGUUAACUGGGACAGCUUAAGGCCGGAAAAUGAAUUAUACUACUUCGCGUCGCACCCGUACCAAUACUUCACGGGCCCCACGCCGCCCAUCAUCCAGAUGCCGAUGGAGAGCGAGCACGCGUCCACCGCCGCGUCCCCCGACGAGCCCUACCAGUACCCCCCCAAGUAGGCCCCCGCGACCCCCCGAGGACCGCGGACCCCCCACUCACGAGCCAAAUAUCAAAGCAACUGUGACUAUGAUGUUAAUUUGUUUUAGUUUUAAUUCGCCGGCCGGACUUCAUCGACGCGGCGCCCGACUUUCGGUCCCGUCGGCUUCGUUCCGCUUUCGCUGCGACGUUUUGAUGGGGUCUUUUGACGGUACGAUAGAGUAGCAAUUUUAAAUGUGUUUUUUACAUUAUAAUUUUAUUAUUGUUUUAUGAAAAUUUUAAUGUAAGAUUUUUAGGAGCCGGUUUUGAAUGUUGAUACGAUUAUUUAAGGGUAGUUAGGUAUUUAUUUUAGUGUAAUUUAAUUUUGAAAUUUCCGAGAAAUUCUCGAUGAAUUCGUUUAUUGAGUACGUUGAAAUCGUGAAAUGGAUGCCAUGUGCAAUCUGGUGUUUGAGAGUAAUAUAUUGAUGGUUAAGGUUUAUUGUUUGUUUGGAGGGCUUUCUUAUCGGUUAAGGAGACUAUACCCGAGGUCGGAGAGAAGUUAAGGCCAUAUCAUGUGAAAGAGAUAUAUACUGACAAAAUAUAGAGUGUAAAAAGAAGGUACUAUGUGUGUUUUAUGAAAAGAUAGACACUGUUGAACACGCAAGAAAUUAUUCUCGAAAGGUUUAGAAUCUUUCGAUAGGUUUAGUAUUUAAAAUACGAUUGGAAAUGAUUCUUUAUAGAAAUUGUAGCUUACGUCUGAGAACGUGGAAGUGAUUGUAUGUAUAGUUAAGUAUAUGUUCAAAACGCAUUUGGCGUGGUGCUUUAGUCGUUUUAUUUGAAAAAAAAAAAUGAUACCGGUAAAUCUACAUUAUAGAUACAGUAUUAUUCCACAUUAUUCAUUCAUACUGAAGCAGUCUUCCAAGGAUCACGGUUACUUUGAACGCAUUUCUCCCAUCGAACCAAUCUUCGUAAGGCUUGUAUUGUUCUGCAUUUGUGCGUACUCGUAGCUUUUCCGUAAGCUGUAUAGCUGUUGCAAAGGGAUUUAUUUUUUCACAUUUAUAUAAUAGUGAACAUCGUUGCCAAACCCGAAUACAGACUGACUUUAUGUAUACUUCCAUAGUUAUUUCUUGACCCGAUUUUUAAUUUACAGCCGUAAUUCGAAAGCAAUAGAGUGUACAAUAGGUUGAAACGACAUGGUCUAGUUGGUUGAAAUCCGAAUCGCAUCUAGAAGCCGGCACCGCAUGAGAAUAUACCGGUAGAGAAGCUUCUGUGAGAAGAACAAAAACUGGUUUUAUCCAGUUCGUUUGAGUUUGAACAGGAUAAAACCAGUUUAGAAAACACAGUCUCUUUCUAUGAGCGUACCGUCAUGUAGGUGAGUACAACAAAUAGCAAAAUCUUCCUGCUAUUCCCUAUACUGACAAUAAUCGAGUUUCUUUGAUUGGUAAAAACAGUCCUAAAUU